GGUAAGUCGCCAGACGCUCCGCGAAGCCAUACCAACAGCGGUGAGAAAUGCCUUAUUUUAGAGUGGCUCAUGAAGUCUAUUCCGGUGCACCAUGUCAUGGUUGUUUUCGGAACUGGUGCACGAAGGGACUUGCCGCGCCCGAGUACUGUUCAAACCUGGACGAACCACGCCGACUUGCAGCCCCUAACUACAUUGUCGGAGAAUGCGGCGAGACAGCUAUAUUUAAAUUGCAAGAAAAAGGACGCUUCUUCGCCUCUUAGCGAAGAGGACCUGCGCAAAAUUCGAACUGCAUACGCAGUUUCUGCAGGGAUCCCUCGCAUGCUUACACUUGCCUUUACUACUGAUGUGGACUACCUAAACGGCACGAACAACGAAAUGUGGGAGGAGCUUGUCAAAAGUCAAUACUCAGAUGCCUCAAAAUUUUUGGGGGGUGCCUCGUGUCUGGCAAAGGCCAUCGUGAUCUCUGCUGUAUGUGUUAUUCCUUUGGAACUUGGGCAUAAACCUAUUCCUGGCGAGGACAAGACGUGGGAUGAUCUCCGCUGGGACUCUAUUGCCUUCCUGGCGGGGGACAUGCAAAACUCCCACUAUACAAUUCCUCGACUUCUCUGGAUUGAAAAGGCGAUAGCUAAGGAACUCCAACAGUGGGUCAGGAAGAAUUGCAAGUUUUCCUUGGAUGAUCUUGUACCGACUAUGGGUUCGCUCUAUGCACAAACCGGCAGUGCCUCUUCUACUGCAAGUGGAACUCCAUGGGAGAAGAUGUUUGCGAGCACGCUUGUCGCGCGUUUCUUUGCGGAAUGUUGGAUGAAGGACAUGGACCCUAAAACGAGCUAUGUUUGCUUGGCCGACUUGCUCCCCCAACAAAAUGAGGAUGCCGCGAAGACACUCCUGGAAUUUGAAGUCUGUCUCUGUAAUGGCAUUGUCGCCGGUUCCAAGGAGGCAUUCGCUGGCACGAAAAUCAAAAGUGAUGCUGAUUUGACUGCCGUUCACGCCAACUGGAACAUCAAAAAAGCCCACCAUGGCAUGGUCCUACCAGUUCGUUGCAAAAGCAGCCAAAAAAACAUGCUCUUUGGUGUGUCAGCUAGAAACGGACACCACAAAACUGAAACGGAUCUUCUCAAAACAAAGCAGCAUCUUGUUUCAAAGGAAGAUGGAUCUGAAGAAGUUUCUGGGCUCCUCCAGGCAGUCAACCCACGAGGAGGGAAAUCAACAGCAAGGAAGUUGAAAGAUCGGCUUUUGGAGCUGACUAAGCAGAAAAGAUAUGCAGAAGUGAUGAUCACAUCAGGUCAAGUAGUGCAUAUUCUAGGCUGCUUUGAUUAAUCAAUUUGUUGGCCAUCACGGUGCACUCCAACAGCGGCAGUGGGCUAUUAGACUAAACCUUGGCUCAUGUCCAUUCCUCUACAUUUAAUUUUUAUCUAGAACCUCCAGCUGUG